UAGGAGCCUUGGUUGGUUGAACAAAAUGGCAACGUAUGGUGACGACGAGCCAGUCGACAGCUAUUUCUAUUCAUCUUACAACCCUUACACGGGCAGAUACCCCAGGCCUAGAGACGCGGGGUGGAAAUAUAAAAGUUACCUGUCCCACUAUGGAGACACUUCAGAUGCCUUCAACAACCAACAGCGAGCGCAGCUGAAAUCCAUCUUAUCUCAAAUCAAUCCAAAACUCACCCCGAGGCUCAGGAAGGCAAACACUAAAGAUGUGGCGGUGCAGGUCAACCCGAAGAGAGACUCUUCUGUGCAGUGCUCCAUCGGCCCGCGGACCCUCCUGGCCAUGAAGCGGGACUUCCGGCGCAAAAGGAGGGAGGAGCAGCCCACGAUGCCCGGCAGCUAUGGCAGCCCCAAGGCAGCGGGCGCAGUGCGUUACCCCCGAACCCUCGCCGUGUAUUCACCGAUCGCCUACAGAAGCGUUACCUCCUUCCUGGUCGACGAAAACAACAAUAAGGAAGCCUCCUGUGGCGAGGCGCAGACCAGAGAACCGCCCGGUGACCCGCCCGAGUACGCGGGGAAAAGCGACGGGAAGAGGAGCGAAGAGAACCAGGCUGCUGAGGCUGGAAAGACCGCAAAGCUCCCAGACGAGCGCAAAAAGCCAAAGUCCGAACAACAGGGGACGAGUGAAGAUGUGCAGCCAGCUACAGAGGCGGCAAAGAGCAGGGGGCGCGUGCGCUUCCAGUUUCUGGAACAGAAGUAUGGAUAUUAUCACUGCAGAGAAUGCAAUCUGCGAUGGGAAAGUGCCUAUGUUUGGUGUGUUCAGGGAACCAACAAGGUUUACUUCAAACAGUACUGUAGGAAAUGCCAAAAGGAGUUCAACCCAUACCGCGUCGAGGACAUCACAUGCCACACUUGUAACAAAGCACGCUGUUCCUGUGCAAUAACGCAACGCCAUGUUGACCCCAAACGGCCCCACAGACAGGACUUGUGCGGCAGAUGCAAAGGCAAGCGGCUCUCCUGUGACAGCACUUUCAGCUUCAAAUACAUCAUCUAGGAAGCGUCUCAACUGAACUUGGCCCUGUAACACAUCAGUACAAGUCCUGUGGGGGGAAAUCUUCAACCCACUGCCACUAUAUUUGGCAUCUUGCAAAAUGUGUUUCAAAACUUAAUUUCAGCCUAUUUUGUGUUGAAACUAAUGGUAAGCACCAAACACUUUACAGUGUAAUAAAUUGCAAAUGUGCACUCUA